AUGGAGGAAGAAGCACGAAAACGAAAAGAACGAUUGUCAGCUCUUCGUAAACGCAAAGUCGAUGGAGACAACAAAUCAGAAAGGACACUUGCAUUCCGAAGCUAUACACCCAAUGACGAGAAUCUCAAGCAGCACGUCAAUAUCGCCACUCCUGAUGAUGUGGGAGAAACCGUUGAAUCUGAAACGAAGAGCUUUACAAAGGAUGUCCUUGCAGAAGCUGCUGUGAAGGAAAAAGAGGAAGUGGAUCUUUUCAACCUACAACCCAAAAAACCGAAUUGGGAUCUUAAACGCGACGUCGAGAAGAAACUUGAACGAUUGGACAGACGUACUCAAAAAGCUGUGCUUGAACUCAUUCGUCAACGUUUAUCAAAUGAGACCGAUAAAACCGCUAAUCUUGCUGAAGCCGUCGCAAAUGCAGAAAAGCAGCAACAGCUAGAGAAAGAGGAUUGA